CAACCUCAGUUGUCCCUUUACUCUGUCGUGUUACUAGCAUUGCAUGAAUUUCAACCACUAAGAUGGGGAUCAUCGGUCGCUUCCUCAAAUUGACAACCUACGGUGGUGCUGCCACCCUUGGCGCGCACUUCGUCUGGACUCGCAAUUCGCAAGUCGAACCUCUCCCGCCCACGGAUUAUCUCUUUUCCUCAUUAUCGUUCAAGAGGCUCAACCCCAAUCAGAAUGCGGCGCUGAGUGACGUUUGUAUUCGGAAAGUUCCUCUGUCGCAGAUUGAUCCCAAGCUAUUGGAGAAGAAGGGUAAGCUAGUCGAGGCAUUUUGUGCGGGUGUUUGGGGCGGUCUCGGCUACGCUUUCCAACGCCAAUAUCUUGCCAGAAAAUAUCAAGGCCCUUCUACCGCUCAUCAGCUCUGGUCGACCCAUGACCUCCUCUCGUCAAACUAUGAAGUCGGCACCGAAAUCACAGACCAUUUCCAAGUCGUCGAAAAGGCAGAUAACAGAAUCGUGGUUCGCUGUGGAGACUCGCCAUUGAAGCGCGAGGUUCGGGAAUCUGAUGGCCUUUUCGAGAUGUCGGUUGACAUUAAAAAGGACGAAGGAGUUGCGGUGUUUCAUUUGAAGAGCGUCUUUUUCAAUGGUUUGACUGGGAAAAAAGAGGGUCCCGUUAUGCCGUAUUAUAUGGAGCUGCUACAUCGGGAAUAUGACAAGAUCUGGAUGGAGAGCGCGUUGCGCAAUGUCUACGCUUAGAACAUAAGUUGGUUGUUGAUUUAUUUUGUAAGAGAUACACCUUCUGGUUAGUCGAAUGACACAUCUGUUCACAUAGCGCCC